AUGGCCUCUCUUGCAAAAGUUCAGGCUUCGCUUGUUUCGCCAGAACUGAACUUAUCCCUUGCCACUUGCAACUUCGACUUCUCCCUGUUUAGAGUUGCGGCUCCGGUGGAGUAUAACGAGCUAGGGGUAGCGCUGUCCAACAAGAGAAGGAAAGUUGCAGAAGAAGGCUCAAGCCAUAAAACAGCCCGGAAGCUUGGCUCCCUGUUUGCAUCCACGCUUCCUAAGACGCCACGCUUGAUAAAGGUCUAUGGCCUCCGUACAUCAGAGAUUUCCAACUCCUCAAACGUCAAUCCAAAGAGAGAUAAAACCUAUGGUGCUUUCGAGGAAUACAUUGGUAUUGAUGGCACAACUAUUUGGGCCGCAGCUACAUCGGGUCCAGAGGCAAUUGCAGUCCACCUCUUAGCUUGCAUUCUUGCUCGGCAAUUUCCCGCUGCCGAAGCAACUGCCAUAUGGGAUGAACUAGUGGCCGAACGAAAGAAGCAUUUGGAAGAGUCCGCCCAGGCUGGAUCUUUUCAAGAUGCCAUGGCUGCAUCACUCUCUGUAUCCAAAGAGGACCUGUUUGAAUGGGAUUCCGGGGCUCGAGCUUGGCUUCGUGCAGCUGAUGAAGCCGAGCCCACGAAGAAGCGACAGAAACAGCUUAUGCUCAUUCUUGACAACAUAAGUGUGCCUGUCAAUAAUGAACACCGGGUCUAUGAUAGCGUUGUUCGAGCUUGGACAAGCGCAAUGAGAGCAAUGGAUGAGAUGAUCGCAGGCAGUCCGUAUAGCAUUCAAGAUGGUGCCAUCGUACUGGCUCUUUCGGCGUGGCAUAUCUACCCAGACAUGAUCGUUUUUGGCGAAAAUUACUCGAAGAAAGUUGAUCAAAAGGAUGAAUUAGUGCAUCCUGGGGGCGUCUUAACCCUUGGCUUGGAUAGUAAGCAAGAAGAGGACAGAGGUGUCUAUUGGUCUUUAGCUCUCGCCCAUUUACGGUACUACGGUGACCCUGUCAUGUCCAAACAUUGUUUGACGUCAGAUUCAGCAAGAUUGUCCAUGGAUCAGCUCCUGCAAGUUGCACUGGGCAGUGUAUUUCGCUAUUGGGGCGUGAAAAUGCCCAAUGUGUACAAAGCUGCCAAGCUUAUCACUUUGAUGCAUUUGUGCUAUCAAAAUGGCCUUCCACGCACCUCCAGAGAUCGUGAUGAUAACGAGGACGUCCCCUUCCAUCACACCCAGUGGAUGACUCUACUAGGGAAAGCUGCUUCUGACUUUCUUUCGGCUGCUGAUGAUAAGGAGCUGUAUCGGAGGCUCGUAGGUCUAGGUCUUCGGCGUGGUCCUCUUCUCACGUCAAAGAAAGGAACUUGCACCGGUGUCUGGAGACUUGACACAGCGAAUCUAGUCUCUUUGAUGAGAAAGGAGGGCGACAUGGUCGAAUUUCUCCGCGAGCUUGCUCUGCAGUGCAACAUUGAUCCGCAUUCUCUUGUUAUCAGGGUGCGAAACUGUGGUUCGGUCGCUCCCAUAGCCGACCUCGAAAUAUCCCCAAUGGAUUAUUCGGAACACGAAGUUCGUGAAAACUCGGUCCAGUAUAGUUUCAUGACGGCUGUUCCUCUUAAUGCCUCUGCACUCUCUGGUCAGAAAGCGACCAUGCCAAACUGUCGCUUAGGGCGCUGGGAGUUGAUUAGAGCUGAUCAAUGCACAACCGAAAGGCUCGAUCCUUCAACUCCAGAGGCACUUACGGAAAUGGUAGACCUCCAUCUUGAAAUUGAUGCAGAAAAUAUCACAACGGCUGACGAUGAUCUCUCCUUUAAUUGGGCCGAGCCUCCAAGCUACUACAAGUCCUCGUGCGCAAACUUGCGACAGACAGCGAUAAGUGUAGCGACGUCAGUAGCUACUGAAACAUGUGGUUAUGAUGUAGAGAUGCAAGAUAUCCAAAGGUUUGGCGAGGAUGAGCCUUCGACCAGCUCACAAGAAUACCGGAGGAAAAAAGGACGGGGUAUUGAUUACUCGUCAGAGUGCUGCUCUGACAGUCGACUCAAUUUUAAGUUUCUCGCAGGAGAUCCUCGCACGGCUGCAUUGUACGUGCGUGAAGGCGCUUCGAAGGUCAUGUCCUUCAAGCACACCGUCAAACUCGAUCAUAUUAUCAAGUGUUUUGAGGAUGGAAAGAUCGAUCCCUGUUUGCUGCGUAGGCAUCUCCUGUCAAUCGCUGAGACUAAACUACCUCUUAGCACUUCGCGCCACAUACUGGGAGACACUUCGCAAACAGCGACUGAACUAGCAGCGCAACGUGAGAUUGUUCGUUCUCUACAUGUCCUGAGUAUGGCAGCCGAUGUUUACCACGAUCUUCCUGGCGCAACUAUCUCCUCCACCAUUGCCACUUCUGGUAGUAUUACCCUUGCAAACGCAAAGUGGGCUCAAGAUAACAGCAAACCUCGUGGCUUGAAGAGCAUUGUGUGGCAAGAAUUGGAUCGAGAGCUUUGCCGUUUCCGGUUGUCUGAGUACGUCGGUCGGAACUCGAAUCCUGUAUUUGCAUGCAUAACAAUGUUUGAAUCAGGAGUCUUCGACUUCGAUCCGGAUGAUUUCAAAGAGGUGAUGGCUAUCUCCUCUGGUGACUCUAUCUAUGUCUCAGGGCAACUUUUGCGUGCCCCUACCUAUAGAUCACUGUCAGAAUUCAGCGUGCGGAGGGUCGUUGGAAACGUUGGGCGUAUCGGGCUCUCUUUGCUCAUGCCACCACCAGACCCGAGAAUCCUUAGCGUUGAUCCAGAGAGCUGGAAGACGGUCACACAUAUGGAGUUUGAUGGGAUAGCUAAAGAUAGUUUUCAAGAGACAUCCCUUCAUCUAGGAUUCUCUGGAUACAGUCUACCGAAAACAACCGGGGGACACCGUGGCGCCUAUAUUGCGGCUUCGUAUGUGGAGACUCUCAUCUCUGUCCAUGAUCGAGGCCGUUGGAUAGCUGAUUUGAGCUUCAUGGAGGAUCCAUAUGCUUACUUAUACGUUCGUGCAUGUAGCGAUCCAGAUCACGUCUGUCGUGCAGAGAGGCUUUGGGAUUUAAUUCCUGAUCUUGUGUCUAUUGAUAAUUGGGAUGAACUCCUGGACCCUCCAAACGGUCCCGCGGUGGUCCGCGCAGCUAACAAUUGGCAGGCAUGCCUUGCAGCAACGUUGAUCAGCAAGCGUCUUGGGAAGAGGGCAAUCAUUUGUGAGCUCUGGUGUCAAGAAUGCAUAUCCACACAACUGACGGAUUUGGCUCGGCGGCGAAUGCUAAAGGGCCUGUACCCGAAAGGAGACAUGCGAAUUGAUGGAGUUUCAAGUGACGAAGAAAAGGAAGAAGAAGAAGAUGAUGAUGAUGAUGAUGAAGAUGAUGAUGAUGAAGAAGAUGAUGAUGAAGAUGAAGAUGAUGAUGAUGAAGAUGAUGAUGAUGAUGGUCUCAAUUCAAGCAGUCAAGAUGGGGUGCCUUGGGUGCAUGAUCUUCUCUUCAUUAUGUUGACUGGUCCGCCCCUUUAA